UUACAGGAAACAUUCCAGCAAAGUGCAUCUUCCUAGACACAACCAUGAGACGCUUUUUGCUCCUUUCAACUUUUUUAAUCGGUGCAACGAUCUGCUACGAUUUCGAAGAUCCUUACUUCAAUGACCUCCUGUUGGAGGAUUUGAUGGUUCUACAAAGUCGUCCUGCCUUGACCAGAUCUUCCGAAGAUGGGGAAAGCCAACUGCAAUACACUUGUUGCGAUUACCUGAACGAAGAAAACUUCAAUAAAUUACAACAAACGCAGAUUGUGUGUUACGUAGAAAAUACUCUGCUUAGUGCCAUGAAAACGAAGUCCGGUAGAGCGGUCUCCCCAGUCGAUAUGUUUUCCUGCGACAGGCUCACCAAAUUAAAGGAACAAUAUAUCUGCGCCGCGGACUGCGUAGCUCGUAAAGAAAACAUAACCGACUCAAGUGGCAAUCUCCUAGGAGCGGACGUUCUCGUUCCUUUCGUCACCCAGUACUACGCGCCAGAGAUCUUCACCAGCGAGCAAAUCAAGGAAUUCGUCGACAUCUGCCUGGAGGGAACGGCCGUCGAAAUAUCCACUGCGCCCGAUGGUAAGUGCAAUCGUUCGCCGGCCCAGUUCGGUUACUGCAUGUGGCGCAGAACGAUCCUAAGCUGCCCGGCGGAGAGACAAGACACCAGUCCGGCCUGUGAUAAUCUGCGCGAUAAGCUACUGUAUCAGGAGGCAAAGUACCUGGCGGACGAGACACCGUAAGCUUAUCCGGAAAUGUAGAUACUAACCGUUUUCGGUCGAUCCAAGGUGAAGAAGCAGUUUGUUGUGAUUACGAAAUAUAUGUGCAAAACAGU